GGCGUGGCCUCGCGCCCCGCCCCCCGCGCGGCGCGCAGACGUCGCGGUGACGUCACGACGGAGUUGCCAUGGCGGCGCUGAGCGGCCUGGCGUCGGCGCUGGAGUCGUACAGGGGUCGGGACCGCCUGAUCCGAACGCUGGGGUACUGCUGCCAGCUGGUCGGCGGGGUCCUGGUGCAACAAUGUCCGGCCAGGUCAGAAGUGGGGACGCGCCUGCUGGCGCUGUCCUCCCAGCUCAGCCACUGCAGGACUGUCCUUCGACUCUUCGAUGACGCGGCCAUGUUUGUCUACACUAAACAGUACGGCCUGGGGGCAGAGGAGGAAGACAUCUUUGUCCGCUGCGUGUCUGUCCUGGGCAACCUGGCCGACCAGCUCUACUACCCGUGUGAGCACAUCGCCUGGGCCGCCGACGCCAAGAUCCUCCGCGUGGACUCUGCCCGGUGGUGGACACUGAGCACAGCCUUCUGGGGCCUCUCCCUGCUCCUGGGGAUUGCCAGGUCCCUGUGGAUGGUCCUGAAGCUGAGACAGAGGCUGAGGGGCCCCACGGUGCCCUGUGCCAGCCGGAUGCCCCAGAGCAAGCAGAGGGCCCUGGAGGCUCAGGUCCAGUCUGAGGUGCUGACUCUGCUGAGCAACCUGGCCGACCUGGCCAACGCCGUACACUGGCUGCCCCCGGGCAUCUUGUGGGCCGGCCGCUUCCCCCCGUGGCUGGUGGGCCUCCUGGGCACCGUCUCCUCCCUCCUCAGCGUGUACCAGGCAGUCCGGGCCAGUGGCCAGGCUGACACCACCCCCUGACACGGCCCGGGGAGCUCGUGGAUGCAGCCGAACCCUGGUGGGGGCCCCUUUCCACAAAGCAGAAAUCACCUGGGCAAGGGCUGGCUCUCUAAUUGAGCAAAUCAGGGCUAGGGGUGGAAGAUGCGUCCCGGAGAAGGUACGGAGCAGCCGGGGCGAGGUCCCCCAGGCCCCGGGGGCCAGGCCCUUUCCUCCCAGGCGGGCCUCUGUGGGUGAGGCUUCUCUCAGGGCUGGAGCAGGAUGGCCCGGGACUCCCAUGCACAGGAGAGGGCCACCUCGGGCCUCAGCAGAGCCUGGCUUCCGGGUCCACCGGCCCGUGUCCUGCAUUCCAGUUAAAGCCGGCAGGGCAGCCAGGAUCCCCUGCGCCAAGUGGGGCCUUAGGAAAGUGAGAAUCAAUUAAAUACUGUGGUGCUGGUGCCGGGCC